AUGGCCUCGACAAAGGGCCUACCAGUCGAAAUCUUCCUACAAGUAUAUGGCUACCUAGGGCCAAAGGACUUCAACGCUGCCCGGCGCACAUGCCGAGCGUGGAUGAAGGCCAGUCUGGAUAGAAAUCUGCUCAUGGUAAUGCUAGAAAGGGGUGGCUGGACGGGCGUAGAUGCCAGCAGAGAAUGGCAGUGGCUGAGCUGCCAACUUGCCAGAGAGUGUGCCUUGGCUCCAGGCCGGGCUGGGUUGGAAACAGAGGCAAUAUUCACCAAGAGCUCAGAGGUGGAUUUCACCGGCCUGAGGGACAGCCAACCCGGUGGUGAACUAAUCUUCACCACCAGUAUCUGCUCGCGGUUCCUGUGCAUAGCCCAGGAAGCGCUAAUUCAUAUUUACCAACUCGAGGCUGGCCGUCUGAUAUAUAUGGUAAGCGCCGAGUGCCAGGGACGAGUACUGGCCAUCACCAUGGGCCUAUAUGGCGGUAGAUACGCCAUCGCUGCAAUUCUGGAAGGCCGGACGGGCAUGGUGCGACAACUUCCAGAAGAGUUAUUUGGGCAUGGUCCACAGGAGCAGAAGCAGGAGCAGGAUCGUACGCAGUUCAAUGCAAUUCACAUCCAGUCGAACAGCGAAAGGAUAAGCAUCACAGGCACCAACAACAGUGCCCUACAUGAGCACAACUUGAUCAACCAGACGUGGAAUUUGAUCGAAAACGACUCGACGAUCUACAGCGAUCUGGGCUCCAACAACGACCCACCACGAAGUGUUUCUUUGUGCCCCCAAAGCCAGUGUGUAGUUUUUGGCUGUUCAGCAGGCAUGGACGUACAAUGGAUCGACGAAUCCUCAGGCCAGAGUCUACAUCGCUGGUUUUCCCUCAUAGCUCCAAGCGACCAUGUCUACUUCCUCCCAUCACGAACAGAAUACGAAUCAUCAUCAUCAUCAUCAUCAUCAUCCAAUUCACUCCGUCUUAUCUCUAGCACCGCCCACCAAGACAACCGCCCUUCCAUGAAGCGCAGACUCUUCCCCAACGUCCACUUCCAUGGCUCCUCCAAGUUCGAAUCUACAUCUCGCCAGCCAAACCCCACAUCAUACGACCAUGACAACGCCACCCCUCUCAGCGACGGCCACCACCUACUCUUCGUCGAUUACCCCAGCGACCACCUCGUCCUAGGCACCACAGAGCUCGUUCGUAAAAUCGAAUUCCUCCCCCCGAAAAAUGGUGCGUCACCAAGGCUCUACCGCGUCGCAGCAGACAUGUCGGAGGGUGCACGCAUAGUCGUCGUCUACGGCGAUAUCAUCAUGUUAUACUCUGUCCCACCGAGUGUAUGCCACUUUUCUCCCAGCAACGACCACCAAUCAGAUCGCCCCGUCCAACCUGGCUGCAACCACUGGCUCGACUGGUGGGAUGAGCCGUGUGCGAACGAGGAGACUGCCACGCUGCAUAAUCAUGAGGGUCCCGCAUGGCCGCUUUCUUUGCGCGAUGCGGGCAAGUGCGAAGUUUGGAAAUUUCCAAGGGUGAGGGAGGCGUUUGGGGUGGAGAAGAUGGCGGUAUGUCAGAAGGGGCUCGUUGAAUCGGACUUGUAG